AUGGCACGACAGACAGGCUUUGUCGACGAUUACGAGGAAGAAGAAAUAAUGGCGACAGCGAAGAGCAAAGAGACUGUCCCUGAAGUUCGCCAGCGAAGACCUCGGGACCCUCAAGAUGCGUCCAGACAAGUUGCUGCCAAAGAUGAAGCUGAGGAUCAGGGCUUUCCCUUGCCGUCGACAACAGAUAUCAUUCGUAUAACUGUUCUGUUGAUCAUGAUUACUGCUGCAGCUUCGUCCUAUGUAACGUCCGGCGAGUCAUAUAUUUUCGGUCUGCCUCGACCGUGGUUCACAAAGCCCGCAGAGCUCAAGCAAUAUUUUCGAGGGCCAGUAUACCUGACAGAGACGGAGCUGGCACGGUAUGAUGGGAGUGACCCUAGAUCGCCGAUAUAUCUGGCAGUGAAUGGAACAAUCUUUGAUGUAAGUGCUGGUGCACACACGUACGGUCCUGGUGGAUCGUAUCAUGCGUUUGCUGGCCACGAUGCGUCAAGAGCUUUUGUCACAGGAUGUUUUAUGGAAGAUCGGACGAGUGACCUGCGUGGCGCAGAAGAUGUAUACCUUCCUGUCGAAGAUCCAGACGAGAACAUCAGCAGUGCUGAACGCAAGACAAGAGCGGAGCGAGAAAGACGUGUUGCGAGGAAAAAAGUACGCGACGAAGUUGAUAGGUGGGUCAAAUUUUACACGAACAGCAAGAAGUACUUUGAGGUUGGGAAGGUGGUAGGUGUAGAGGAUGAGCCUGCAGGUCCUGCCCCGACUUUGUGUGCUCAGGCCGAGAAAGGUCGUCCAAAAAGAAAGAACAUGAACCAAAAGAAGGAAGCGCCUGGAAAACCUGUACAAUAA